UCUUUAAUGGGUUCUUUCUUGGACAUGAAGAUCUCUAAAAUAUAAAUAUGUUUCAUUUUCAAGUUAAAGACAUAAAACCCACUUCUCUACCUCAUUCUUGCAUUCAAAUGUUCUUCUAAGGUCCACUUACAGCAUCAAAAGAAAAGGAAAUGGCUGUUACAGAUUCUGAAGUGACCUCCCAAGGCGAGGUCGAUUCGCCAUUGCAAUCCGAUCAACCAUCGAAAAACCACCCAUUCUCGUCUCUCGGCAGGCAAUCUUCCAUUUACUCACUCACACUGGAUGAGUUUCAGCAUGCACUUUUCGAGAGCGGCAAGAAUUUCGGGUCGAUGAACAUGGAUGAAUUCCUGACGAGUAUCUGGAACGCCGAGGAGAAUAAUCAGGCAGCUGCUGUGACGAGUAAUAAUAAUGAUCACCUCAGUUACAUGAACAAUGGUAAAGGAAAUAAAGGAAAUCAUCAGGGUGGUUAUAAUGAUGUAAUAACUGGAAAUGAUCAUAGAACUAUAUCUAAACAGCCUAGUUUGGCCAGACAAGGUUCGCUUACGUUGCCAGCACCGUUAUGUCGGAAAACGGUGGAUGAAGUUUGGUCGGAUAUACACAGAGAACAUCAACAGAGGGGACAGCAUAGUAGCAGUACUAAUAAUUUGCAGAAUCCUGAGUCCGCUUCUAGACAGCCGACUUACGGAGAAAUGACAUUGGAAGAUUUUCUAGUCAAGGCCGGAGUUGUAAGAGAACAUGGUACUACUAAUCCGUCACCUCCGCUGUUUCCGCCUCAACAACCACAGUACGGACUUUAUCAGAACACUAACAGUAACAAUCCUGCUACGGGGACAGGUUUUGUUUCCAGGCCCGUUUUGGGUGCGUGUGGUGUUGGUGGAGCCAGAGGUGGCGGUUUGCCAGGAAAUGCUGGGACUACCUUAGAGACAUCGGAAAGGAAUGGAGGGUUUGUACCGCUAACAGUGGUGCCACCUUCAGGUUCGGUCUAUGGAGGAAGGAUUGGGAAUGGUGGUGGAUAUGCACCAAUCCAGGGUACUGGCGUUGUGGGGCAAGUUAGUCCUGUCUCGUCCGAUGCAAUGGUUGAUAAUGUUCCAAAUCAAUUUGGAAUUGAUGGAGGAGGAUUGAGGGGAAGGAAGAGGACUCAUGAUGGACCUGUUGAGAAAGUUGUCGAGAGGAGGCAACGGCGGAUGAUCAAGAAUCGAGAGUCGGCUGCAAGGUCUAGAGCUCGAAAACAGGCGUACACGGUUGAAUUAGAAGCAGAGCUAAACCAAUUAAAAGAAGAAAACAAACAGCUUAGGCAUGCUCUAGCAGAGCUUGAGAGGAAAAGAAGACAGCAGCAUCUUGAGGAAGUGAGAAUGAAAGCACAGUCUAAGGCUCAAAAGGCAAAAGAAAAACUAAGGAUAAUGAGAAGAAACUUUAGUUGCCCCUUAUAACAGACUCUUUGCAACUUGCAGAAUUUUGACGAAAAGCACGAAUAGUGACUGAAAGGACUACGGAGAUACAAAGAUUUAAGGGUAAGAGAAAGAGAUACAAAAGUGCAGUUGAGGAAUGAGGAGAUGAACUGUCUCUCUAUUUUUCUUUUUCACUAAGAUUUUAAAAAGUUAUGGAAUGUAUAACAUUUUCAUUAUCUCAAUGACAUAUCUAGUUGCAGAAAUUUAGCUAA